AUGAGUCUUUUCGAUCGACGAACUCCGUAUGAAAAAGCGAAGGAACAGACACGCGAAAUUAGCAGUCAAAUUCGUCAUGAAAAGCGUCAACUUGAGCGAGAGAUAAACCACCGAGAAAUUCAACGUCUUUCCGUCGAUAUUCGUAAACAUGCGGCAACUGGUAACAAAGAAGCACUUCGUACAUUAGCGAAAACGAUUGUCAAAAUAAAACAUGACAAAAGUCGAUUGUACUCCGCCAAAGCGAAUCUUGAUACGAUCGAUAAUGCAGUGAAAAAUCAAUUAGCCAAUGUGAAAAUUACGGGAAUUAUGCAAAAGAGUAAUGAAGUUGCACGUUCAAUGGCGCAAUUAAUGAAAGUCGGACAAUUUCAAUCUGUAGCUGGACAAUUUUCGAAAGAACUUAUCAAAAUGGGCAUUAUGGGUGAAAUGAUGAACGAAGCUGUGGAUGCUGCGAUGGAUAAUAACGAUCUUGAAGAAGAAACUGACGAAGAAGUCGCUAAAGUUUUGGAUGAAAUUCUUGCUGGUAAAGUUGGGCAAUUACCAAGUGUUGCGCUUGGUGGUACGACAAUGCACGCGAGAGAAGGAGCAAUCGCCGCCGCUGCUGCAAACGACGAUAGUGAAGAGGAUGAUAUGGAACGACGUUUACAAGCACUCCGAAGUUAG